UUCAGGUUCACGGCGUACUAACAACAUGGUCUCCUCCAUCUUGAUCACAGGAGUAACUGGGUAUAUUGGGGGCUCCGUUCUGUCUGCAAUCCUCGAUCGGAGAUCGCAGGGUCAUCUUCCACUGAAUGUCGGGGGAGUUGUGCGAUCUAAAGAGCAGGCUGCCGUGAUCAAUGAUUUGGAAGGUGUUCAUUCCAUCCUUGUCCAGGAUUUUGAUGAGCUCAACCGACUAGAAAAAUUGGGUGAAGAGUUUGACAUUAUAAUUCACGCAGGUGCAGGUUGGCACACGGAAUCCGCGAAGGCCUUUCUCAGGGGCCUUGCUGUGAGACGUUCUACCGGGCAGCAAGCUCACUAUAUCCAGAUCUCGGGUACAUCGAACCUAAGCGACCGGCCUCAUUCGUCAAACUUCAUCGAAACACAGAUAUUCUCCGACGAGGAUGAUAUCUAUGGCUAUGAAAAGUCCCGCGAGGCAAAGGAAGCCUACUACCAACGCACGACUGAUAUCGCCGUUGUUGAAACGGGUGAAAGUCUCGGGGUCGCGACGUACGUUAUCAUGGCGCCAACAAUAUUUGGCAUUGGCACUGGACCUUUCAACAAAUGGUCUGUCCAGCUUCCAGCAAUCAUCGCGGACGCCCUGAAAAGCCAACAUGUGAAAGUGAUUGGCAAUGGCCAGACAAUUUGGACACAUGUGCACAUCGAGGAUCUGACAGACCUUUUUGCUUUACUUCUCCGGAAGAUUCUUGAUGGGUCAGAUCUUCCUUCGGGCAGACGAGGGAUAUAUUUUUGUGAGACCGGGGAGCAUACGCAUCUGGAGAUGGCGCAGCGCCUCGCGGACGCAGGCGCCAAACUCGGGCUCUUUUCCAACAUCUCUAAAGUGUCCCUGCAGGAAGCGGCGGAUGCUUUUGCAGGAGGAAAUGCGUUCCGGGCGGAAUUAUCAUUUGGUGCAAAUGCUCGUUGCAAAGCUGCACUCGCCCGUAACUUGGGGUGGAAACCGAGCCGCGAAGAUCGGUGGAAGGAAACCUUCGCAGAGGAACUGGAGGAAUACGUUCGGAACAAGCCUAGGCCCAAGGCUUUGCCCAUUGUAAUGAGGCAACGCGAAUAA